UUGGUCACACUAAACAAACAGAUAGUAUUUAUAAAUUUCAAGGCAUAUUUGUUUUUAUUGUCAAGGAGCAUAACAAAAUUUCUGGUUACCAUUAUGAGCUUCCCCUUUCGUAUCUUGAACUUUGUGCUGCAGUUACUGACGGCGGUGCUGGAGGUCUUGGCCCUGUUGCUCCUCAUCCGAAUCCUAUCCAGUCAUUGUGUUCGAGGCGAGGAGUACGGGAUAUCGGUGUGGAUGUACACUUUUAUGCUGCCCGCCAUCGCCUUUCAGAACACGGUGCUCGUUAUAUUCCGGCUGUGCUGCACCACCGUGGGCCUCGAUCCAAUUGCGAUGACUUUCAACUGGGCCAGCGGGAUCGUCUGCCUGGGCACCGGCGUCACCCUGCUGGUGGCAAUGAUCGAUCACUGUGGCAACGAGUAUCUACCCAUGUUCUACCUAUCGAGCGCCUUCGGCGUAAUCGCCGGCGUUCUGCAUUUGGUGAACGCCUGCGUGUGCAACGUUUACAUGCCCUUGGGCGAAUGGUCUUUCCUGAAACCCUCGAAGAGAGCAAGGAAAAGGGCUUUAAAAAAUAGACGCAGAAGCUCAUGAUGUGCUCUGGAGAAAAAGUCUGUAAAUGAUCAAUGUCAUGAGUAUUUUGUAUGACUUUAGAUAUGUUUUUGAUUUUUAGUUUGUAAAAAAUUCAAAAAUUGA